AUGCACUUGUUUUCUGAACAAACUGGUCAUCAUUACAAUAGUGAGCUGAAUACCCUGGAGUCGGUCAUCAAAGGCCUGAUUCUAAGAUUGAUCAACCAGCGAGUUGAACUGAAAGAGUCUUUGCGGUGCCGAUGGGACCCUAGGAACGACCGAUUCAGUGAGGACGUUAGCUCAUGGCGAGCGUUGUGGGACAUCUUUUGGGAGAUGUUGGACCGGUGUGACUGCUCAAGAGUAUAUGUCAUCGUGGAUGCCCUUGAUGAGUGCCAAGAUAGCGGUAUGGCCGACUUCUUGAGACUCAUUAUCCGAAAUGGUCUUGAUCAACCCACCAAAAUCAAAUGGCUCCUGACAAGCCGGCCAUUAGAAGCAGCCGAGCGCACAUUACUAGCCGGACAUGAGCAAAUGCAAGUUAGUUUGGAGCUCAACUCCGAACAUAUCUCUCAAUCUGUGCAAACCUAUAUCUCCUAUAAAGUUGAUGAGCUCAACCUUCGAAACAGAUACGGAGAGGCACUUAUGAGAAAAUUGAAAACCGAACUUUUUGCGAAAGCCGAGGGCACCUUUCUAUGGGUGAGCCUGGUUUGCAAGAGGCUUGAGGAUAUCUGCGCGGAAGAAGCCUUGGCCACUAUUCAAGAUUUACCGCCUGGGCUACACCUUUUUUACGAUCGAAUUUUAAAUCAGCUGUGCGAAGGCCAGCCAGAUGAUGUCCAUAAUUAUAUGCGGCUACUGAAGGUAAUGAUGCUGGUAUACCGACCUUUGAAAAUGGAAGAAGCUCCCAGUGUGACCGGUCUAUUCAGUGGAGAUGAUACAAUCAAGUUCUUAGUUAAUCACUGUGCAUCUUUUGUCAGAAUGCAGAGAAACAACAUUGAAUUCGUCCAUCAAUCCGCUCGAGAUUAUCUAGCGGGGGAGACCGGAUUGGCCAUACUUAACUCGCAUGGUCACUAUGAGCAUUAUAAUAUUGUCCUUGGCUGUUUAUCUCACUUGAGCGAACAGCUAAAAGUCAAUCUUAUAGACCUACCGCGACCUGAUUCGACCCACCAAUUUGCAAAAUCACUGAAAAGUGAGAGGCAAAAUGUUCUACUGUCUUCCCUUAACUAUGCAACAACAUUUUGGGUACAACACCUCCAGGAAGUCCCACCAACGGUGAUAGCGCAAAGCAGGGAUUUUGAGGAAGGGCCAGUUGGGUUAUUUCUACAGACUAAGCUUUUAGAAUGGCUGGAAUGCUUUAGCCUAUUGGAAAGGCUCCCCAAAGCUGUUGAUUCGAUCAAUUCCCUACGUGAUAUGGCCAAGGCAAUUUCCACUUUCCUUACUGACAGUCUCUCCAAGGAGGAUUCUGUGGCUUUGGCACUUAUACAAGACGCUGCACGUUUUCUGCUACAACAUUACGAUAAUAUGGCUCGUUGGCCAUUACAGAUCUACAGCUCUGCUCUUAUCUUCAGUCCUGAAACAAGUAUUGUGAGGAUAAGAAACCUGGAAAAAAUUCCACAAUAUUUCAAAAGUUUUCCUAAGACUGAGAGCACCUGGACUUCUCUUAUACAGACAGUAGAAGGCCACUCAAGCUGGGUCCAGACUGUGGCGUUUCCCCCAGAUGGCAAGCAGAUCGCAUCAGGCUCUGCUGAUAAGACCAUCAAGCUUUGGGAUAUUGUAAAGUCUCACAAAGCCUCAAAGUUUUUUGGCCAUCGUUUGGGUAGUCGUCUCAAACUCCGACCAGAAAGAGAAAUCGAAAUAUCGGAGCCGGUGCUAAACCUCAAAUUCUCUGCAGAUAACCUAUACCUUAUUGCGGGUACUGCACAAAUCAGACUUGAAGAUACUGCGGCGGAAGAUGAACAUACGAAUUCAUUACAGGAUUUCUUUGUGAAAGAUCGUUGGAUAUGCUAUGGACUGAUGCCAUUUCUUCGGCUAUCAUCGUAUAUGCAUCCUGAUUGCUACGAUACGCAAGAUGAUCAAGUAGCUAUUGGAUCGGGACAUGGUCAAGUCUUGCCGUUUAGAUUCGAUCGAUCUACUCUACAUUCAAUGUUAGGGCCAGAUGCGGUUUAA